AUGGCGAAGCCACUGACAGACCAAGAGAAGCGCCGGCAGAUCAGCAUUCGCGGCAUCGUGGGCGUGGAGAACGUGGCCGAGUUGAAGAAGGGCUUCAAUCGGCACUUGCACUUCACCCUAGUCAAGGACCGGAAUGUGGCCACUCCUCGCGACUACUUCUUCGCGCUGGCGCACACGGUGCGCGAUCACCUGGUGGGACGCUGGAUCCGUACGCAGCAGUACUACUACGAAAAGUGCCCCAAGAAAGUCCAGUCUGGGUCACAGAUAGAAGAGGCAGAUGAUUGGCUCAGACAUGGAAACCCUUGGGAGAAGGCCCGCCCUGAGUUCAUGCUGCCUGUGCACUUCUAUGGAAGAGUGGAGCACACCAACACUGGGACCAAGUGGAUUGAUACCCAGGUGGUCCUGGCUCUGCCAUAUGACACCCCAGUGCCUGGCUAUAUGAACAACACUGUCAACACCAUGCGUCUCUGGUCUGCUCGGGCGCCAAAUGACUUUAACCUCAGAGACUUCAAUGUUGGAGACUACAUCCAGGCCGUGCUGGAUCGAAACCUGGCUGAAAACAUCUCCCGGGUCCUCUAUCCCAAUGAUAAUUUUUUUGAAGGGAAGGAGUUGAGAUUGAAGCAGGAAUACUUUGUAGUAGCUGCUACCUUACAAGAUGUCAUCCGGCGUUUCAAAGCCUCCAAGUUUGCCUCCACCAACAGUGCCCACACUGCAUUUGAUGCCUUUCCAGAUCAGGUUGCCAUCCAGCUGAAUGACACUCACCCUGCACUCGCCAUUCCUGAACUGAUGAGGAUUUUUGUGGAUAUUGAAAAAUUACCUUGGUCUAAGGCCUGGGAAAUUACCCAGAAGACCUUUGCAUAUACCAACCACACGGUGCUCCCCGAAGCCCUGGAGCGCUGGCCAGUGGAGCUGGUGGAGAAGUUGCUUCCUCGACAUCUGCAAAUCAUUUAUGAGAUAAAUCAGAAGCAUUUAGAUAGAAUUGCAGCUUUGUUUCCUAAAGAUGUCGACCGUCUGAGGAGGAUGUCUCUGAUUGAAGAGGAAGGAGGCAAAAGGAUCAACAUGGCGCAUCUCUGCAUUGUGGGCUCACAUGCUGUGAACGGCGUGGCUAAAAUUCACUCAGACAUUGUCAAGAACAAAGUAUUCAAGGACUUCAGUGAGCUAGAACCAGACAAAUUUCAAAAUAAAACCAAUGGGAUCACACCAAGACGCUGGCUCUUACUCUGCAACCCGGGGCUUGCAGAACUAAUAGCAGAGAAAAUCGGGGAAGAAUACGUGAAAGAUUUGAGCCAGCUGACGCAGCUCCACAGCUUUCUGGGUGACGACAGCUUCCUCCGGGAAAUAGCCAAUGUGAAACAGGAGAACAAGCUGAAGUUUUCACAGUUCCUGGAGAAGGAGUACAAAGUAAAGGUCAACCCAUCCUCCAUGUUUGACGUGCAUGUGAAGAGGAUACAUGAGUACAAACGGCAGCUCUUGAACUGCCUGCACAUCAUCACAAUGUACAACCGUAUUAAAAAAGAGCCUACGAAGUUAUUUGUACCCAGAACAGUUAUAAUUGGUGGCAAAGCUGCCCCAGGAUACCACAUGGCCAAAAUGAUCAUAAAGCUGAUCACUGCAGUAGCAGAUGUGGUGAACAACGACCCCAUGAUUGGAAGCAAGUUAAAAGUCAUCUUUUUGGAGAACUACAGAGUGUCUCUUGCUGAAAAAGUUAUUCCAGCCACAGAUUUGUCGGAGCAGAUUUCCACCGCAGGCACUGAAGCCUCAGGUACAGGCAAUAUGAAGUUUAUGCUGAAUGGGGCCCUGACCAUUGGGACCAUGGAUGGGGCCAACGUAGAAAUGGCAGAGGAAGCUGGGGAAGAGAACCUGUUCAUCUUUGGUAUGAGGGUAGAUGACGUGGCAGCUUUGGACAAGAAAGGAUACCAGGCAAAGGAAUACUACGAGGCACUUCCAGAGCUGAAGCUGGUCAUUGAUCAAAUUGACAAUGGCUUCUUUUCUCCCAAGCAGCCGGACCUCUUCAAAGACAUAAUCAACAUGCUCUUUUACCAUGACAGGUUUAAGGUCUUUGCAGACUACGAAGCCUAUGUCAAGUGUCAAGAAAAAGUCAGUCAGCUAUACAUGAAUCCAAAGGCCUGGAAUACAAUGGUACUCAAAAAUAUAGCUUCCUCCGGAAAAUUCUCCAGUGACAGAACAAUUAAAGAAUAUGCCAAGGACAUCUGGAACAUGGAGCCUUCAGAUCUCAAGAUUUCCCUGUCUAAUGAAGCUAGCAAUGGGGUGAACAAAGCCACUGGAAAGUGAGUUAUGAACUGUCUUUUAAAAAAAACAGCUUAUUGCUGAACUUGAAUUUUUAAACAUUCCUUGAUUUUUUUUUUUGUUAUGUUUGCAGUAGUUUAGUUAAGUAUCUUUGGGAAUGAGGCGGGAAAAGGGUCUAACUGUAUUAUGGCAUUAAAAAAAAUAUUUCAAUUCCAAGG